GUCACACGCGGAAAGAAGGAAAACGGAAUCGAGUGGAAAUUCGCAAGAGUAUAAUUUGCACAGUUUCCAUCAGUGCGGACAAGAUAUUUAAAAUAAAAUUAGAAAAUUCAAAAAAAUAAUAAUAAUAAUUGUUAUUAUAAGUGCAUUAUUUUGAAAACCGCCUGACGUUAAGAAAAAAGCUUCAUUUUUAGUCGGUACUGUGGAGCCGGCUGUAUGUAGAUGUGUGCUGAACCAUAUAAUGUGCAAUUCAAUGAAUGUUGGUUUUGAGGCAAUGUAGUGAAUUUGGAUGUAAAUACAAUCUGUGUCUCAAAUCAAUCGUGUUACAAACAGAACCACAUUCAGAAAGUUACCGCUUAAAUUCCCUUAUUGUGAAAAUAUUGAAACUUUUGUUACCAAAUAAAAAGCGGGACUUCAGUAGAUGCAUUAUAAUCGGUGAGUUGCAGUUUUUAAGAGCCGUUAGAAUAUGGCCGAUUAAUGGAAGUGCAGUUACUUUUGGCUCAUAAGGUAUGUAUGUAUGUGAUUUAAAUUUUAAUGAUUUUUUUUUUUUAUUUCACAUAAAAAAAUAUUCUUGUAGCAUCAUAGAUACGUGAAUAAAAGGAAUCCAACCAAUAAUUUAUUUACAAUUAACUCAUUAAAAACAGUUGCUGUAAUCUUUGCUAAUUAAUUUCUAGCUACAUAUAAUUGUAGUCUAUUUACCUAAUUGUAAUUUGUAUUUUAAACCGUAGAUUUUUAAAUCUAUUUAAUGUCAUACUUACCAACUGAUAGUGGUUUUCAAAGCCGUACCACAUUUUGAGAUCCCGUUAUAAAAGAAGGAAUAAAUUCCGUACAUUUUUCCAGUUGACAGAAACUAUGACCGAAAAAAAUCCGUCAAUAUAUUUUGAAACUAAGGUAUUUAAGUCCAAACAUUAAAACACGAGCAAAACUUAAAUUUUAAAACUGACUCGUGCGAUAUUCUUACUAGAGGCAGAACACUAUUUGACGGUACAUGUAAAAUAUACACAAAUGUCAGUCAUUUUAAUAGCGUGUUAAAUAAUAUUUGAUUUAAAAUAGCUCGAUAUUAAAUCUAGUAUUUCGUUGAGAUUGAAAUGGUUGCAGGCAACAUGAAAAUCAUAACACUUAACACAAACGUAUCAACUGUAAAAAAUCAACACCUCAGCAACAAUGUGGUAAAAGCUAGCUCCCCAAAUUCGAUGAAUAAAGCAAAUGUUAGUCAGCAAACGCCAGGUAGCAAUACAAACGAAUCCCCUAAGAUGAGGUAUUUUAAUGGAACUAGUAUAUAUAAUCACAAUGACAGUGCUAAGUCGCUGCAAACACCAAAACAAUGUAAUUCUAACAACAAAAAUGGUAAAAAAUCACAAUCUCACAUGUUCUACAACAUUCCAACCACAUCAGUUUUAAAUCGCAAGAAAUACUAUCAGCAACAUCACCGUCAUAACCAACAUCAGCACAAUUUUGUUAAUAACAGUAAAGAGAUCAGAAAUAAUAUUCCAAUUAAGAAUCAUAAUAUGUUAGAAUCUGAUCCUUCGAACCCAAUAGAAGUACAUCUUGCAUGUGUGCAAAAACAAAAUAUACCGAAAGUUGAUAACAGUAAGGUGGAAGAUUUCGUAAAUAAUAAUACAGCAACAUUAAAUGUCAACAACAUAUGUAUACAACAAAUUCCUGAUGAUAAUUGCGAUGGUACGACCGUUGACAAUUCCAUUGCUCUUUCUUCGCACAGAGCAAAAUCAGAGUUUAAACAACACGCCCCUUCAACGGAUAACUUUCCAGUCUCAACACCCGCCGAUAAACAUAAUUGUGUUGGUGAAAAUAAAAGUAUUAACCUUGAUUGCAAUAGCUGUUGGACUAAUCUCGUUGCUCCUCAGUGUACUGAAUCUCCGGCUUCGCUAUCAUGGCCUUGGGUACACAUAAGUAGACGUAAAAGUUCUUCAAUUAGUUCAACAUCGUCGUACUCUUCGUCAGUGUCAUCAGCAUUAUCAAUUUCAGCUGAAAGUAACCCGGAAUUGCAGCAAAGUAUCAGCGUUACUUACGCAAAUAACUCAUAUACAUCGAAGAAAAAGUCGUUUCGUAAAGGUAAUACCAGUAAUAACAGAGGUAACAUAGAUACCCGUUAUUCAUCUCCACGUGUAAAGGGUCAAAGGCAACGGAGGGCUACUAACGUAUCGAACACGACAGAUGAGGUCCCACUAAUAACUGAAAGUCAAAGGAAAAUACACCCCGCUGAAGAUCCUACAGCGAUGAGCACUGCGUUGGCUACGAACACAGUUUCUGCCACAGCAACAACAACAAGUACGGUCGAUUCUAAAGUGGAAAUAACUAUUGCUGCUGAAAAUGCAAGUGGUUUAGUUAAGUCUACAAGUAAUGUCGUAACACUAACCGUUACAUCUCCUUCAUUAUCAUCACCCCAAGAAAUAACUAAUAUAGACGAAUUUGCUAGUCUGCCAGUACUACCUGCAGCACCGCAACCGUCAGGCGAAAGCACAAACUCUUCCGUUACUUUGACGACGCCAUCCGGUUCUCCGACGGCAUCAACGCCGGGAUCAUCACCCUCCAAUUCAUACUCUUUAGACUUUUUGCACUCAGUAGGUGUACAAAUGACAGGUGGAGCAAAUCUAUCGGCACUGUGCAAAAAUAAUACAAACAAUAGCCGCACAAUAACGCCAUUCAAUAAUCAGAAUACGAGUGUAGUGUCACCUGUGCGUACCGCAUACUCCUAUCAAAAUAUUUUACCACAAAGAUCGCACCCAAUGCAUGGUCGUUAUACGCCUAAUAGUGGAGGUAUUGGCGUUGGUAACAGCGGCAAUCACAUGAGAGACCAACGAGCACAUCGCUUCCAGCAUAGCCAUCAUCAUCAUCAUCCGCAGCAACUGACAAUUGCCUCGUUCAUGCAGAAAGAACUUUUAAAUGAAAACGUUCUUGCCGGUAGCAACAGAUGUGAUAUCUCUGAUAACGGUCCAGAGGACAGUGAUGGCGUCGAUGUUAACAAUAAUAAUGCUGAAUAUACAAAUCAACAUUCCUAUCGUAACCAUCAGCGUUUUCAUAACUACUACCAGUCGCACUAUCAACAAUCACAGCAGCAUCGUCUAUCUGGCAUGCAGCAAGGGUAUGUUACACUGCAUCCUUCGUAUAAUAGAGAAGUGGAAAACGAAGGCGGUUCACGUGUAAGUCGAAGUGGAAGUUAUGCUUACUCGCAACAUGUUAAGCGCAAUAAUACGUUUCAAAAUCAUCAAAAUAAUGGCGAGGCUACAUCGAAUUCUGUCCAAUCGCUUCCUGUUCAUAAACAUAGUGUAGAAGAUAUAGACGGCGAAAAUGUCAGUGCUAGUAACAAUGCCAAGGGAAACAACGCAAAUAAUAAUUCAUGGUCUUCCAAGCAGUUUCAUCAGAAGCUAUUAAGUUCUAAAAAAUCCAAUAGCGGUUCUAAUGUAUCGUAUUCGUGUUCAUCCUCAUCAUCCGUAUCUUCUAAUUCAUCUCAGGCUUCAACCAGUUCUUAUCGACAACAGAAAGUGAAAUCCUCUACUCAAAUGAAUUUAAUAAUCGAAACCCUUCCUAGGAAAGUGAACACGUCCACACAUCGCGGUAAUCACAGAUUACAACAGGUAAAUUACCAUAACCAACAAUAUACAUCGGCUGCAGGUGGUUCACAGUCAUCGACUGCUCAACAAACCCAUCAAAAUAUUCAUAAUUUGACCUAUGUCAAUACCGAGGGUCUAACAACUAUCUCUAGCGUUGGCAUGGGUUCAACUGGUCCAUCGCGUAGCUGUAGCCCUUCACUGCCUCCGCCUGUAGCUAGUACAUCGGGGGGCCAAUGCCAAGAUGCUGUUUCGUCUGUGGUACUUUCAUAUACGCCUAAUCACUUUCAACCGCAACAACAACAUCAGCAAAGUUUUAUAUCCGGGAAACGCUUGACACCUUUUGCCUUAAAUGUACCUUCUACAAAUGUGCAUUCAACAUCCCCACAUCCGGUUGGGAAUAUGAUUUGUUACGCACAGCUGAACGAUUCUGUCACGUCCUCUGAUUCAAAUCAAGUACCGAGCGCUGUUCAGGGAGCAAAAAUUCGAGACUACGAUGACUCGGAUUCCUCGUCGACAAAUUCAGCGGUACAGUCACAGCGUCGAAAUAAAUAUCAACAAGCGAAAUCAAUAUCGCUCUCGUCUUCGUCGUCAACAUCUUCGACAUCCUCGUCAACUACAAGAAAUUUUAAUGGACCAGUGCCUGCGUUAUCUAUUGUUGCCAUGCCACAUUUACAGAGCCCAGAACCUACCGAAUUCGGAUAUAAUCCAACAUUUUCGUCAACAUCUCAGCAUUACGCACCCCAGGCUCAACCAUUAGCUUCACCACAACAACAAUCGCCCUUUCGUACUAAUGGAGUUAUAUCAAUGCUAAAUGUGCCUUUUGCCAAUAAUUACCCGGAAGAUGAUUUGAAUUCUAUGAAACAACAUUCACUGAAACACCAAGGCAUACAUCCUCAGCAGCGGCAUUUUUAUUUUGCAUCUGGAGAGCAUUUAAAUGCUACCCCGUUGUCAGCACAUGUUGCGAAUGCUGGGUACUGGAGUCCGUUACAACACUCCAGCUUCAUAUACCCUCAGCCUGCUAAUUUUUUGGCAUCUGCACCUUGUCUGACGCCGACCGCAACUCUGUCACCUGGCUUUAGCGAACAGGAUGAUCACCAUUUUCACAUUCCGCACAAUCAACAGCAACUCAACAUUGUUAAUCAGACAGAGGGCUUACCGCCAGCCGGCCAAAUAAAACGCAGUUUAACUCCACAAAUGGGUGGUGCCAUCAUGACACAACAACCACACCAGCGUCUGGCACAGUCGACUGCAUCACAAGGUGGAAUGGUAACUACUACCACAAAUGUAGCUGCGUUACGUCAACGUAAUGUCGGACGUAAUAGUCAACAACAGACGCUGCACCAUCAUCAACAAAUAACUGCCCCGCCACCAACUCCUAUUUCUCAUGUAUAUCCCCAACAUAAUCUGCUCUUUGGUGGACCGACGACUCACAUUCGUACUUCUUCCAAUACUGCUCAUGAAUUUUUCACUCAUACACCACCUGACCGGUUUUUAGCCCGAGCACAUCUUAUAGAAGCUAAAGAAGCUCCGUGCUCAUUAUUGAAUAACUCGAAAUGGGACAAUCUAUCGCAAGGUGUCUGGAACAAAUUUAUAAACUCUCAACAAACUGAGGAGACCUUCAAGCAGAAAAUGCGGUUAUGGCGCUAUCUCUAUAUUAUUAUUAAGAACACUUAUCCACGUUUUGGCCUAUAUCUGGUGGGUUCUACUAUUUCCGGAUUUGGUGCCGAUACUUCAGAUGUAGAUAUGUGUUUGGUGUCGCGCAGUACGUCAAAUGUGGAACCCCGAAUGGAAGCACUGUUCAACUUAACUGUCCUGAGAGAUUAUCUGAGCAAAUCAGCCGAGUUCGAAAAUUUCAACCUUAUUGAAGCAAAAGUACCAAUAUUACGCUUCAGAGAUCGGAUUCAUCAGCUGGAAGUAGAUUUAAACUUUAACAACUGUGUAGGGAUCAAAAACACACAUUUAUUAUAUUGCUAUUCACAGCUUGAUUGGCGUUUACGACCCAUGGUGUUAGUUACAAAACUCUGGGCGCAAUAUCAUAACAUUAACAAUGCCAAAAAUAUGACAAUAUCCAGCUAUUCUUUGGUUCUUAUGGUAAUACACUUUUUGCAGUACGCUGUCAGUCCAGCGGUGCUUCCGUGUCUACAUGAUUUAUUCCCUGAUAAAUUUCCAUUGCUGCGAUCAAAUGACUUUGGAUACGUGGAUAUGAACGAAACUAUUGGUCCAUAUGAGUCUAAAAACACACAAACUAUCGGUGAACUUUUUCUCUACUUUCUAGAGUACUAUAGCUGUUUUGAUUACACACAAUUUGCCAUUUCAAUUCGUACUGGUGGUCUUCUGCCAAUAAACGUGUGCCGUCUGGCGAAGUCAUCGAAAAACGAUAUCCACCAAUGGAAGGAGCUCUGCAUUGAAGAACCAUUUGAUUUAACAAAUACAGCGAGAUCGGUGUAUGAUUUCGAAACUUUUGAACGAGUCAAAGCAGUAUUUGUGGCUUCCUGGCGAAUAUUACAGCAAACAUUAGAUUUGAAUUCCAUUUUUGCACCAAUUAUUGUACCGCCAACAAACAAUAUUGUCUCCACGUUGAGACACACGGGCUUUCAAUUUGAUGAAUGCCAUAAUAUCGCACCUUCAGACGUUUCUACUACGGAUUCCAAUACUAUAAAUAUGAAUGCGAAUGGAUCUACAACUCUUUUAAGUUCAGACAAUAGUUCGAAUAUGUCUCCGGCUAUUUCAGUGGCGUCGUUACCGAUCGAGACAAACAACAAUGAUCCUAUUACAAAGGAAAUAUUUAAUAAUGCGAACGGAAAUAGUAAAUCUACUGGCGGUUCACUAACAGAGCUGGUUUCUUGAGCUAUUUUACACUGCAGCGAAAUAUUCAAACAUGUGUGGCGUGAUUCUCUUCAAAACCUGCAUGCAUAAUUAAAUAAGCGUUAUUUUAAAAUAUGCUAAGCAUAAGGAACCUCGCAUCAACUGAAAUGAUUUAAAAAAUAUUUGAGAUUCAAAGUUACAUAUUUGCCGCUUAAGUUAAUUCGAUUAUUGAAAUAUAUCAACGCAAUUACAAAAUAAACAAAAAAGAAGUCCAAACUGAAGUAGAAAGAAGCGCACAAUAUAUUAAACAAUAUGUCUCGUUACAUUAAAAAACAAAUUCUAUAAAAAUAAGUUAAUAUAUACAUGUGUCCAUAAAUGGACCUAAACUCACCACCUCACAUUCAAAAAAAAAGAAUGCUAAUAAAAACGAAAAUAAUUGUAAUAAUAAAAAACUAUGGAAAGAUAAUUCACAGUAAAAUAAAAAGAAAACACUAACAAAUAAUGUCGUUGAAUCGAAUGUAACAAAUUACCUGGAUGAAAAAAUAGUGUUCCAAUAUUAUUGUAUUUGUAUCUGUCUAAUGUUAAGUAUCUAAUUUUAAAAGCGAAAACAAAAAUGUAAAAAAAAUAUUAAAAAAGUAGAAAAAAGGAAAGCAAAAAAUGAGUAAUUUGAAGAAUUUUUGUACCAAAAUGUAAAAUAAAAAAAAAAAAAUAAUAAUAUAUAUUUACACAAUGUAAUGUAUUGUAGAACUUAAAAAAAAAAACAAAGCAAACCAAAAAAAGUAAAUAGUUAAAUAAAGUAUCAUUUGUAAUGGCAGUGCAUAGUGAUGAACUUUGCCUUUGCUCAUCCAGGCUUUUGGCCCAUUAAAACACCCAAACAAUUUACCAACUGCUAGAAGGCAACUUUAUGGAAUUAACAAAACAAAACAAAUGAGAGUUAAAGAAUGUUCAAAUGUUUAGGGGCAAAAGGCUGCACUAAUGCACUGUCAAGAGACGCGUUCAUUUGAACCGUCUCAAAUACUCUGUACACCUUCCAUGAAGGUCUUAGAUUAAUUUAUAACACAUUACACCAAAUAGCCUUAAAGCAACCUUUCUUCAGGACUGAAUAACUUCAGAAUUAAAGAAAGCAACAAAUAAAUUAGCUUCCGGUGCUAAAAAAUCGUUCCACAAAAGAUGUGCAGGCCAUGUUGUCGGGAGGAAAUUAAAAGGCAUUCAAAAGCCCUAAAAAUUCACAAUUGUUUGAACAAAUUAAAUUUGCAGUUAUGUACAAAAACAUUUCAUAGAAGAAACAUUGAACGAAAGGUCAAGCAAAUAGCCAAAAAAAGUAUUAUUACAUUCUCGAAUAAUUUGCAACAUAAAGAGUUACAUUUAAAUAGCGGAAAGGUAUAUCAUUCAUAACCGCACAGCUGUGGAAGCCUUAUUACUUGUGAUUGUAUGUAUUUGUUAGGCAAAAACUUUAAUUCUAAUAAUUUUACACAUUGUUUUCUUUUUUUUUUGUUUUUUGUUUACAAAUACGGAAGCUCGGUCUAAUGCUUAUAUUUUGCUGCACAUCUUUUAAAUAAUUAUAUACUCAUUGUGAAUUUGCACGAUUAUGCAAUUGCCAUUAUUGUCACAUUUUGUAGUAUCCUUUUAUGAAGGGCAAAGUAAUUAAUAAUGUAAAUUUUGUUGCGAAAAUCACCGGCAUAGUUUAUAACACAAGAAAAAAUCUCAAAUGUAAAUUAAAUUAUCAAUCAGUUCACACAGGCACCACUUAACAAGUGAUGUAUAUACAUAUAUCAUUGCCUCCCCUCCCCUCCCCUUCACCCACCAUUUUUUUUUUCCAAUCACCACUCUUUCUGCUCUCCACUCCCAAACUUCCGCACGACCACCACAACUUCACUUUGCCAAACAAUAGAGGGAAAAUGCUUAACACUGCUCUGACACUUACAUAUAUAUAUUAUCAGUUUGUCUAUGUAACUAUUGAUAUAGUCAACAGAGGAAGAAAACAUAAUAAAUGCAUUGUUCCAGUCUAACAAGAGCAAACUAAACAAAA